AUGCAGACCGAGGAGGGGACCGAUGAAGUUAAGGUUUUUCGACGCCAAGUUGAGGACAGCGAUGAAACGGCGCCCGAAUCCUCUGAGCGACUAGAUGCUGUCAAAAAGGAAGCUGCCAUCGAGACCGAGCUGGAGCAGAGAAGCAACCCAGCUGAGCCAUUUGGUAAAUCUGGAGCCUUCAAGGAGACGUUCCCAUCACCCUAUGCCUCGCCCAGCUUUCCACCACUCGGCUUCCCGUUUCCGCUUGGUGGCUUACCGGGCUUUGGAGUUACCGGCUCACUCUCACCCUAUUUUUUCCCAACACUCAUGGGAAUGAGUCAGACACAACAAUUACUGGCACAACGAGCUUUCCAAACUCCUUCAAUCGGUCCACUCAUGGGUUCCUACUCGCCCAACUACAAUCCAGCAUUGUUGGCUAUGCAGUUGCAGCAAACCUUCCAACUCGGAUCACCCGGCAGCCCGUUAACAGCCUUUCAGAAACAACACGCCGCCGGACAAGUGCCGUUGACUUCUAAUUUGAGACCCGGUGCUCUCAAUCAGAUGACAAACGUCCGUGUGCCUCCCUACAAUGUCGCGACCGGAUCACAAAGUCAAACAACAACACCCAAAAGAAAAGAACGGAAACGAUCGCCUCACAUCAAGAAACCUCUCAAUGCCUUCAUGUGGUUUAUGAAAGAAAACAGACCAAAGCUGAUGGCUGAGUUGGGUUUCAAAGAAAAGCAAUCAGCUGAAUUGAACAAAGAGUUAGGGAAACGAUGGCACGAGUUGAACAAAGAAGCACAAGAAAAAUACUUUGUGCUUGCCAAGAAGGACAAAGAGGAUCAUCAACAGAGAUAUCCGGGAUGGAGUGCGCGUGAGAACUAUGCGAUCCAUAAAAAGAAGAAGAGAAAGAGGGAAAAGACUGAAGAUAUCAACGAGGCGAAGAAAUGCCGAGCGAGAUUCGGCGUCGAUCGACAAGAUUUAUGGUGUCAGUACUGUCGAAGGAAGAAGAAAUGCCAAUUCACUGGUGGAGGCGGCGGAGAAGUGUCACGAUCCUCGUCAUCUACCGAGCCAUCACUGCCUGGAGAUGUGACGCAUUUGCUGUUGAACAGCGAGAAUGACGACAUCAAGAUGCCUUUCCGAAUCAAGAACGAAGAUGUGAAUUAUGAGUCUGAAUCGGAUACCGACGGAGAGGAGAUGGAUGAAGAUCUUGACAUGGACGAUCCGACAUUGACCGCUCACGAAUUGGAGCGAGUGAACACCGAUCAGCUA